AUGCAGACUCUGAAGACAUGGACAGAGACAUGCUGUGUCACCGCACUUGAUAAUUUCAAGACGAACCGAGAGGCAUACUAUGCCAACCCAGAAGCCACUCUAUACAUCGGUAGUGCGUCCAGCCAGCAUGCGAACCGAUCAACUCUACCACCAGUCGCACUCUCUAUAUCUGACGUACAUGAAUGCAACAGUGCGGCCGAGACAGCCCUCGGCGCCAACAAAAACCAAUUCUCCUACGCCAUGACCGAGGUUAGGGAAUUGACCGGCUGGGGCGGUAAGAGCCCUGAAUCGCUCAGUGGUGACGAGAAGAAUGAUGCUACUCAAACCCAAAAUAUCAGCUCAAGUGCCACCGUCGUGGAUGAUACUUCGUAUCUUUUGGGGGCCGAGGCAGGGACCAACCAGAAGGUCAAAGAGGAAGUGGACAUGAUACCAAACAUGGCCUGGAAAGCCCAAUCGUUGGGCUUCGGUGAUGAAAACAGUCAAAUUCACUCGACUGUUUAG